GCAUGUGCAUUGAGUACUUCCGAUAAGUGAAAUAUUUGCAGGAACAGAAAGAAAAGCAAGAAAUUAUUUCAUUUGCUCAAUCUUUAUCUUUUUACACAUUGUUAGUAAAAAGGAGCAUAAUCUGAUGAUGGCAGAGACAAUGGAUACAGAGGGAGGAGAGCAGGUUGACAGCAACAGUAUGUAUGGUACACUAGCCGCUUUCAACAUUGACAAGAAGAUUGGUAAAGGACAGUUCUCAGAAGUGUACAGAGUUAUUUGUAAAGCAACAGGAAAUGUUCUCGCUUUAAAGAAAGUUCAGAUAUUUGAAAUGAUGGAUGCCAAAGCAAGACAGGAUUGCAAGAAAGAAAUUGAUCUCUUAAAGCAACUGAAUCACCCCAAUGUGAUCAAAUACCUGGAGUCGUUUAUAGAGGAUAAUGAGCUUAAUAUAGUGUUAGAGCUGGCAGAUGCUGGCGACCUCUCCAGGAUGAUCAAACAUUUUAAGAGACAGAACCGACUGAUUCCUGAGAAGACGAUAUGGAAAUAUUUCAUUCAGAUCUGUAGUGCACUGAAUCACAUGCAUUCACGUCGGAUCAUGCACAGAGAUAUUAAACCAGCUAAUGUGUUUAUCACGGCACAAGGGGUCGUGAAACUUGGUGAUCUCGGUCUUGGAAGAUUUUUCAGCUCCAAAACAACAGCUGCUCACUCAUUAGUUGGUACCCCAUACUACAUGUCACCAGAAAGAAUACAUGAGAAUGGAUAUAACUUCAAAUCUGAUAUAUGGUCACUUGGCUGUCUACUAUAUGAGAUGGCAGCUUUACAAUCACCGUUCUAUGGAGACAAGAUGAAUCUGUACUCACUAUGUAAGAAGAUAGACAAAUGUGAUUACCCUCCACUACCCUCAGAUGUCUACUCAGAACAGUUACGGAAGUUGGUGGCCAUCUGUAUCAACCCAAUACCUGAACAGCGACCAGACAUCUCCUAUGUGUACAGUGUGGCACAACAGAUGCAUGCUCACUUCCAAGGACAAGUACAGCAGCAACAACAAUUCUUGCAACAACAACAACAGCAACAGCAGCAGCAACAACAACAGUUCCAGCAGCUUACACCAGAACAACAACAACAAUUGUUAGCUCAACAGCAACAGAACAUUCAGGUUGUGAAUGCACAACAACUUACACCACAACAACAACAGAUGUUGCUUCAGCAACAGUUGCAACAGCAACAGCAAUAUCAGCAGCAGCAACAAGCCAUGUUGCAGCAACAGUUAUUGCAACAGCAACAACAGCAACCAGAACAACAACAAACUACAUAAGAAAGUUUCAGUCAGUAAUUGUGCCAAAAGAUAGUGUUUAAAUUAGUCAAAACCAUGAUUUUUCACAUGAGAAAUCCAUGCGCUGCAUAAAAACAUGCAGUUAGCAUCAAACCCUUGAGACGGGUACUUGCCCAUAACGUAAGACAAAGUCUUCAGUUUGAAAUGUAUAGUGUGCAUGCACAUUUUGAACUUUUGUUAGGUGCACCAGCACUAUUACAAAGCUUGAUAUACUGGUGGUCUGUUUAAGCUUUUUGAAUACAGUAAGUAUUUGUCUUACAUUAAAGUUAUUCAGGUAUUUUUUUCACCAGAUAAGAUGCCUGGAAUAUUUAUAUUACCUUACUUGGUUAAUUAAAUCAGAUAGAAAUUUUGUCAAACAAAGUGACUUUCUAAAGAUGUUUUAUAAUUAUGUGAUGUGUAAAAUAUUUCACAUUUAAUCAUCCAACCCAAGAUCUUACCAUUAAAAACUAAAAUUCUUGUUUUGUUGAUAAAAGUUAGGUUCCAAAAUGGAAGUGGGAAAUUAAGCAGAAUUAUGGUUAAACACAAAGUUAAUUGUUGUACAGCAUAAGUUUAGCAUGGUUGUGUAGAGGUUUUCUUAACUAUUGUGUUGUUAUAUCACUGCACAUGUGUUUUCAUUACAGUCUAAACUUUCAUACAUGUAUUAACCAGCAUAAUUUGUUUAUUAUAUCAAAGAUUUGAUUAAAAUACAUGAUCUGAUAUGGGCUGGCCUAUAUAUCAUCAUCCUAUCUGUUGUUUGUAUUUGAGCACAUUUAGUCAUACUUUAUAUUGUGUGUUCACCAGGUUUAGGAUUAUAUUUCCUGAAUUAAGAAUAUAACUGUAUUCUCACUUUUAUUUGAUUGUUUUGGUAAGUUUAUUCAUAUCUUGAAUGUGUUGAUGUCAUGCUACAGUAACUUUGCAUAUACUGAUAGAUAUUGGAAUAAGUCGAAGAUAAACUGUACCCAGUUAGGCCUUUAGUGUUGUUAACAUAAAAGUCAGUCGGUUUUGUAACUCUCAAUCUCUUGAAAACAUUGAUCUGACAGUAUUCCACAUUUAUUAUUCAAGUUUCACAUAUCCUUGAUGCAGGGCCACAUGAUAUCAUUAUUACAGGGCCAUGUAAGUUCAUAGAUACAGGGCCACAUAUCAUUGUUACAGGGCCACAUAAUAUGAUUGUUUAAGGGCCAUGUAAGUUCAUAGAUACAGGGCUACAUAAUAUCAUUGAUACAAGGCCACAUAAUGUCAGAGGUAAGGGACCACAUUAUUUAUUGUCUCAGUUUGAUGUUUAACAUCAUUCUAUUGUCAUUGUAUAUGUUGUUUCUCAUAUUGUAACCGCCACACCUAGAUCUGUCUGCAAUAGAUGUAAAAUUACUGAGAAAUAGAAUAGUACAUGAAUAUUUUUGUGAACAUGAGUGUGAAUUUAGUAGGAACAAUGUGUUCUUUAAUCAAACUGAGAUUAAUGGAGUUUUUCUUCCAUAAUAAUGUUAUAUUCAUUUCUAGUUUUGUGUAAAACAUUAUAUCUGAAGUUUAGGUCAUAUAUUUAACAACUUUUCUAAUUCUAUAACUUGGUUGUUUUGUUGUUGUCUUUGUCAGAUGUUGACUUAAUUCAAUGAAAAUUGGACAUAGUAUGUAAUAACCUUUUUAAGGUAGAAUUUAACAGCAAUAACAGUCUGAUAUAGAUUCAUUGAACUGUGACAGUUGCAGCAAGGUCACUAUAAAAUAAAAAUUCACAAAAUGAAUGCAACUAUGUGCAGGCUGCUGGGAAAGAAGUCUUGCUGUCUGUCGGAGUAAACAAUUUUGCUGCCAACCUUUAAGUUACACUCAUCACCUUUAAAACACAUCCUGAUCUGGACAUAGGAUACUGUUCCUACAUGUGUACAAAAUUCUAUAAAAAUUGAAAAAUGUCAUCAUUUAUAUACUUUUCAAGGCCACUGCAUCUUUUAAUGUCAUGUCAUUAGUGAAAUUACAUACCUGAUCUGAAAUUUAUAUGUUGAUCUGAAUGGUCCACUGCAACUUAUAAACUGAUACAUAGUAACACUGCAACUUAUAAACUGAUACAUAGUAAUAUUAAUUACAUAAAUAACACACACUUAUUCUAACUUUACUGCUCCCACUAAGGAUUUACUGUUUUUGCGAGUUACUUUUGUGAAAUUGUUACAGUUCAAUGAAUUUGCAUCAAAUUGUUAUCUGGUCAACAUAUUGAUGUACAACAAAACGCCAGGUGUUGACUUAGAAAACUUCUUAAGUAUAUUUGUAUAAAAUGGAACAUUUUCAGUGUAUUUCCCACUUAGAAUAAUGUACAUAUAUUCUCAUGACAUUAUUUUUAGAACUUCAUAAUAAGCAGUGGUAAAGAGUUGUGUAAAUGAUUUAGUUCAGUGAAGGAGAAAUAUGUUGUGUAAGGUAAAAGCCAGUGAAUACAAUCUCUGUGAUAAUAACUAUGUAUUUAUUACUCACAACAUUCCUAUGUACAUGUCUUGUGUAAUAGUGUGUAUGCAAGCAUUAAGUGCUCAAACAUUUCAUAGGACAAAAUGUCUCAAGAUUGACAAGACUAGGAAACCAUAUAUCAUUAUGCAACAUAUGUACACAAUAUUUUCUUUGCCCAUAUGCUACAUGUAAAUGUUUUAAAUGAAUUGAAACUUACUUUAAUUCUAAUCGAAGUUUUAGUACAAAAACUUUGGUUUGAGCUUUACACCUGGCUUAUCUAACAGGUAGAGCACAAGAUUGUGAAACGGGAGGUCUCAAGUUCGACCAUUGGGUAUGGUGUAUGAUCUUGGUAAGGAUUUGAUGGAAGAUGAUGUGUGUGAGGUUAUUUGUUCAUGUGGAGAAAUUUCCUUGUGAAGUCAGUACAGGUGAAGAAGACUACUGUUACAUUACUAAAAUACUGUGUUAAACCAAUAGAAAAGCAAGGAAACAGAAGUUCUAUAACUGACACAGUUGGUGGUUUAUUAAGUAUAUUUUGAGUGCAUAUUAGUCAUAAAUGUGUUUACUAAAUUUGUCUUGUUUAUUUAAGUGCAAACAAUUCAUGAUUACAUCAUUGUCAUUGAAGCAUUUGAGCUGAAAAUAGAAAUGAGCAAAAAGAUAACAAAUACAUGACUUAAGAAUCGGUUUGUCAUGGAGAUAAGAAAGGGCAGGUUAUUUUGAACAAUCAGUUUUACCUGUAUUUAUAUUUCUCAUAUAGAAAGCUCGUGUCAAUCUGUUUUUGCAAGGUUUUUGGGUUUUUUUUUUUUUUUACAAAAUCCAAGUUCAUAAAAAAUUCUUUUUUGUCCUAUGUAAGAGAUUCAAACUGAGUUUCUAGACUAAUCAAAUAAGUGCAGGCUUGAAGAAACGUUGUCAUUGGUCUUUUACAAAAAAAAAAAAGUUUUGCAACAGCAAGACAAAAUACCAGAUUUUCAAGGUAGUCUGUGAACUUUUAUAAUUGCAGACCAUACGAUUCCCACUAAUUGUAACUGCUUUUUGCUUUCUGCAGAAACAUAGUGUGCCUUUAUCUUAAUUGAAAUUUCUUAUAAAUUAUAUUUGAAUUCUAUACAGAUAUUUGUAUCAUAACAUUGAAAUAGAAAACGAGAACCACCACCUUUUUUUUCUAUGAAGUACUGUUUCUCAAAAUUUGUGAAAUAUACAUUCUUGAAGUUUUGAAAUUUUACAACUUGAUGAAAAUGUUAUGGUUCACUCUUCUCAAAAGCAAAUAAUUGGUAUCUUUUACGUUCACUAAAUAUACUUGGUUGAACAUUGUCAUUUAUGAUGUCUGUCCCUUAUCUUCGGGCUGUUUUGAGUAAAAAUCAGAGAGGGAGAGAGAGAAAGUAAAUUAUCCGUCCACAGGAGAAUUUACAUAUCAACAAGGUUUUGUAUCAUUUUUUUUUAUAUAGAUGAUUUUGAUUUUUACAGUCUUUUCUUUACACAAAAAGUGCUUUUGAAAUCCAUCAUUUUUCUAUUCUCCGUCCACGUUUUAUUUAUAUAUAUCUUUAUAUAUUGAAUAUGACAAUAAUUUUGUUGUGAUGUAGAUAUACUAUUAGGACAAGAGGUCAGUUAGUUACACAAAUUAUGAUUCUACAUGGUGUUUAUCUAUGUACCUGUUUGACACCUGUUGAACAGAAUAAUGAUCUGCCUGUAUAGUUAAACAAUGGGUGAUAAGUCAUUCAAUUUUUAAGUCUAUUCUCUCAGUAAACUUUAGACAGGUUUUUUAGUGUAUAAUGUGUAAUGUGUUGCAAGUAACAUUAUGUCUAAAUUUAGUCUUAAUCAGUGGACCAGAAAUUGUUUAAAUAGACAUUAAAAUAUUUUCUAAAAUCUUACAAUUUACAUGUAUUUUUAGGUGGCUGCUUCACAGUCAGAUACGGUCUUCUUAAAAUGUUAAAAUUUCAGUGGAUCUGUUAAAAGAAAGGUAGAAAACAAUCAAAUUGAGAUGUAUGAAUGUUGCAUUUUAAUUGGGGACAGGGGUGCAUAAUUACUCUGGUUGUCUUGUUUCAUUGUAAAAUUUAUUGAAAUUUUAUACUCCACAUUGUCAUAAAUAUCAUAAUAUUGGUGCCAUGUAAAGUUUAUGAGGUAUUCUAUGUUUGAUCAUUUCAAAAAACAUCCAUGAAAUAACUGUUCAAAUGCCAAAUUAAUUUCUUGAAGAAAACCUUUAUAUCUGAAACUUAUUUAAGAAAUAAUAUGAGCAAACACUAAAUAUAUGAUCUGGGUACUAGGUAAGUGGUGUACCUUGGGAGUGUUUUGCAUAUCUAGAGGGAAGUUAAAACUGUUCACUCUUUACACAGGAUUGCUAUGAUUUGCAAGAAACAGUUGAAGAUUAUGAAGUAUCAUUUUAUAUACUAGAUGAUAAGGAAAUAACGAUUUUCUGGGCGAUAGGGAAAUGAAGAUAUUUAUGUUAAAGUUUUUAUUGAUUUUAUUAGUCCCCUAACGGUUGAAAACCAGUUUCGGGGAAUAUAGGAAUGCGCUUUUCCAGCAUUCCAUCCUUUUGUCCGUCCGCAAUUUUUUGUCCGGUCCAUAGCUCUGUCAUCCAUGAAGGGAUUUUAAUAUUACUUGGCACAAAUGUUCCUCAUGAUGAGACGACAUGUCAUGCGCAAGACCAGGACCCCUAGCUCAAAGGUCAAGGUCACAAUUGGAGGUCAAAUGUCAACAGGGCUUUUUUCCUGUCCGGUCCAUAACUCUGCCAUCCAUGAAGGGAUUUUAAUAUUACUUGGCACAAAUGUUCCCCAUGAUGAGACGACAUGUCAUGCGCAACACCCAGAACCCUGACUUAAAGGUCAAGGUCACACUGAGAUCAAAGGUCAAAAGAAUUUGUUUCCUGUCCGGUCUGUAACUUUGUCAUGUAAGGCAGGAUUUAGAUAUCAGUUGGCACAAAUAUUUCCCUGGAUGAGACAACAUGUCAAGCACAAAACCCGGGCCCUAAGUCUAAGGUCAAGGUCACACUUAGAGGCCAAAGGUCAGAUACAAAAAUGACUUUGUCGGGAGCAUUUCUUCUUCAUGCAUGGAGGGAUUUUGAUUAAACUUGGCACAAAUGUUCACCACUAUGAGACGGAUUGUCACGCGCAAGAACCAGGUCUCUAGGUUUAAGGUCAAGGUCAUACUUAGAGGUCAAAGGUUAAAUUUAAGAAUGACUUUGUCCAGAGCAUUUCUUCUCCAUGCAUUGAGGGAUUUUGAUGUAACUUGGCACAAAUGUUCAUUGCCAUGAGGCACCCUUGUUUUAAGAAUUACCUCCCUUUGUUUUACUAUAAAUAGAUUAUAUUGUUACUUUUUUAUUUUUGGCCAUAGGGAAAAAUCGAGACCACUUUUCUGUGGUACAACAUGCAUGUUACAUUGAAUUUUUAGAUUUAUUUUGACCUAUCUUUACCAGGUAAAGAGUUUUGUGUGGACUUGUAAUAUAUUUUUUUCUAAUAGAUUUUUAAAAAAAAAAAUUUUUUUCUCAUUAAUUUCCCUUUGUUGUUACUAUAGAUAACUUACAUGAUAACUUUUUCAUAAUUGGCCAAAAUAAAUCCAUAUGAAAGCAACUAUAGGUUUUUAUGUAUGCAAAUUUGAAUCCAAGUGUUUUGUUAUAACAUAUUGUAUAUAUAGUACAAUAUUGUUUAUACAUCAUUGACAUUAUAUCAGUUCAUAAUGUUAUACUGCAGUAGAAACAAUAAGGUGCCUUCCAGUAGGGGACUUUGUAUUGCAUGGCAAUACUUCAUUCACUUGUUAUGUUAUAUAUCCUGAAAAUCUGUAAGUACACACACUGAAGGACUUUCUAAAAAUUCUGUGGCAUUAUUUCUUAUUUUGAGAAACCUUGUAUAGAUUGUUAUGUUUGUUAUUAAUGAUAUGUUGCUGUUAGUGACUUGAAAAUAUAAGAUAUGUUAACGAAUGAAUGAAUUAUAUAUGUUAAAAGGUUAGUAAAGAAUGUUUGAUAUAUCUAUUAUAUAUAUAUAUUAUGUUAGUAGUUAUUGCUUUGGUGUACCAGUUCUAUAGGAAAAAACUGGGGCAACCAUAGACUUACAAUUACAAUUUUUGACUUGUGAUGAAAAUGAAAUUAAUUUAAAGGUAAAAACUAGGCAUAAUGUAAAAUUGAAGUUGUUAAGAGAGAAUUUAGUUGCCCCGAAUCAGUUAGCUGACAAAAGUUCUUGUUAGAAAUUCAGGAAGGAGUCACCAAGAUUAGUUAGCAUAAUAAGUAUAAACUAGUAUGAAAUGCAAAAUAAAUGACGAUGCUUUUUUAAAAGCAUCAUUUACUUGUAAUAUUUAACAUAAUCACUACAAAUGAUAGCAACAUAUACUGCUAUUCGUUGAUUUUUGUUGCAAUUUUUCAUUUAUCCCAAUCAAAAUCAAUUAUGAGUAUUUACAUUAUAGAAACAUCUUUCAUUCUGAUUGUCACACAAAAACGUGUCUUGAACAAAAUAGCCCCAUGUGGUUCUUGGACGAGCUGUAUAUGAAAAGAAUUUGAACCACUGCCUUACCCUUGCAUGAUCGUAAGAGGCGACUAUUAGGGUCUUAACACUUGGUUUUGCAGUAACUCUGUGAUUCCAGCAGGUAUGCAGAUUUUGAUUCCAUACCUCAUGUUUUUAUUUCGAUGUAAAUGAGAUGUGGAACCAAAAUUUGUAGUCCUGUUUGGCGCCAUAUAACCUAUACCGUGUUGGUGCGCCGUAAAACCCAAAUAAAUAAAUAAAUUGAACAAAAUAGUCUGUUCAGAUAGUAUGUCAGGAAAUUCUGUUUCAUGUGUAUCAAUUAUUUCUUCCAGCCUCAACAAACACUUUGUUAAGCUCACCCUUUACUGGGAAUGGUUCUCAUGAACAUCUUCACUAUAUAUAUUAUAGACAUUAGUCAUUUUGUUUUAUUUUGAAUAAAUAUUGUUGUCACAAA